CUUCACAUCGCGGAUCCCUCCAACUCGUUCCCUCACUGUCAAAAUGUGAAAAAAUUUUUUUUACUACAGGCUGUGAAUGCAGCAUCGAAUGGGGCGUCUUCCACUUGUGAGUCAGGAAGGUGUGCGGCGUGCGCAGGUAGAGAGAAAGAAAGAAACCCUGCGCUUUCCUUGCCGGACUCAAUACACCAACCAAGGCCGAACUUUGUCGCUCAGGGUUCAUGUGUGUUUUGUAUCACAGUUGAUCAUGAGGGGAGGCGCUCCUCAUCAUUGUUUCUUGCUGGCUGUCCUGUGCGUGGUGGUUGGAUGCAGGGCUGUCUCAGCGUUCAGGAUCUGUGCCUACAAUGUGCAGAAGCUUGACUCUAAGAAGGUUUCAAACUACAGAGUGCUGCACACGCUCACACGGGUCUUGUCUCGUUGUGACAUCACCCUCCUCCAGGGAGUGGAAGAUUCGGAUGGCUUUGUCGUCAAAACUCUACUGGCAUCACUCAACAGGUACAGUGGAAGGGAAGCGCACAGGUAUGAAGGUUACCACUACGGCUCGGUGUCCAGCUCCAGUCUGGGAAAGUCUACUGAUGGCCUACAAAAGUAUGUCUUCACCUACAGGACAGAGACAGUGCAUGUAAUGGGUCAACAUCAGUACCAGAACCACAAUCAGUUUGUCCGAGCACCGUUUGCAGUUUACUUCCACAGCAACACAACUGCUGUCAAGAAUUUUAUUCUGGUCGGGCUGCACGCGGACCCAAGCAACGCCGUCCAGGAGAUCGAUCACCUGUACGACGUCUUCAAGCAGGUGCUGAGCAAAUGGAACGACAAGAAUGUGAUGUUCUUGGGUGAUUUCCACGCCGGCUGCGCCUACAUGACGCGCCGCGACAAGAAGAACAUUCGACUUUUCACCAACAGCAGCUUCUCCUGGCUCAUCGGAGGCAAAAUAGACACCACCAUCACAGACGAGACAAGCUGCGCUUAUGACCGGAUCGUCGUGUAUGGGAAGUCUUUCCUGAAAGCCAUCACGCCGUUCUCCGCCAAUGUCUUCAGCUUCGCUCGAGAGUUCAAACUGACCAGGACGACAGCUCUGGAGGUGAGUGACCAUUUACCUGUGGAGGUGAGACUCAAGAACUCCGCCUUGCUCCUCCAGGCCACAUCGCUCCGGCUCCUGCUCACCGUCACCUUCUGCUGCUUCUUGUUGUCUCUGUGAAUUCUCCUUCCUGUCAUCUUAGUGGCUUCCUCACGAGAGGUCUUGUAUUAUGUGACCAGUACCGCUUAGCUUGCGCCUACUCCACACUUUCCUCUUGUUGGAAUUGUCGUGGUCUGAAUGAAGUCCUGAUCAUAUGUCACGUAAAAGUAAAAGAUGCUGUUGUGUCUCAAGGUCGAGAGACAUUUUUUAAAAUAUGUGUCAACGCCAUAUUGUCCUCUUCGUGGAAAGUGCUUGAAGAUAUUUGUAGGUUUAACUGUCACUGCAAAAAAAAAUCUGCCAUUUAGUCAUUUAUUCUUUCUGAACAUUUUGGGGGAGGUGGGUUCUGUUUUGCGCGAAUCAUGAGAGAAAAAUUCAGAUGUCAAUGAAACCUCAAAAAGUUUUGUUUUUACUUUGUGUGAUAAUUUUCAAAAGCAUUUGUUGUUUGCUUUUUCAAUAUCAUGCAUGUUCUGUGAAAUAAAAUUGUACAA